GGUUCUAUAUGAUCUCGAUCUCGCGGGGGAGGAGGGGAAACCUAGGGCUCUGAUCCCCGAUGGCGGAGGCAGAGCACCGCGGCGGCGGCGGCGGCGGCGGCGGCGACAGGCGGCGGCGGCGAUGGUUUUGGGCGGCGGCGGCAGCGGGGGCGGUGGUCGCCCUCCUCCUCGCCACCGCCGCGAGCUCCAGGAGCUUCCCCAGGCUCUCCAUCCCCGGGAUCUGCGAAUGCCCCGUUAAGAAGGGAGAGGAUUCGAGGAGGUACACGGGAAUGGUGGAGGACUGUUGCUGCGAUUACGAGACGGUGGAUUCGAUCAACGAGGAAGUGUUGCAUCCGAUUCUGCAGGAGCUCGUCGCCACGCCUUUCUUUCGGUACUUUAAGGUUAAGCUAUGGUGCGACUGUCCAUUCUGGCCCGAUGAUGGAAUGUGCCGUCUAAGGGAUUGCACUGUCUGCGAGUGCCCUGAAAAUGAAUUUCCGGAGCCUUUUAAAAAACCGUAUAAUGGUCUUUCCACUGAUGAUAUGAUUUGCCAAGAAGGAAAACCCCAGGCUACCGUGGAUAGAACAAUUGAUAGUAAAGUAUUCAAAGGGUGGAUUGAAAUCGACAAUCCAUGGACAUAUGAUGAUGAAACUGACAAUGCUGAGAUGACUUAUGUGAACCUCCAGCUAAACCCUGAGCGUUUUACUGGGUAUAUUGGUGCAUCAGCUAGGAGAAUAUGGGAUGCUAUUUACAAAGAAAAUUGUCCAAAAUAUCCUUCAGAAGAGCUUUGCCAGGAGAAGAAGGUGUUGUAUAAGUUGAUCUCAGGCCUGCAUUCCUCAAUUUCAGUACACAUAGCUGCUGAUUAUCUCCUUGAUGAAUCUACUAACUUGUGGGGCCACAAUCUUGGAUUGUUGUAUGAUCGUGUUUUGAAGUAUCCAGAUCAUGUUAGAAAUCUGUAUUUCACAUACCUAUUUGUUCUUCGAGCAGUGACAAAGGCUGCAGAUUAUUUAGAGCAGGCUGAGUACAACACUGAGAACCCUCAAGAGGACCUGAAAACACAAUCUCUAGUGAAGCAGCUCCUCUACAAUCCUAAGCUGCAGGCUACUUGCCCACUACCAUUUGAUGAAGCCAAGCUUUGGCAAGGUGAAAAUGGGCCUGAGCUGAAGCAACAGAUCCAGAAGCAGUUCAGAAACAUCAGUGCACUGAUGGAUUGUGUUGGAUGUGAAAAGUGCCGCCUUUGGGGAAAGCUUCAAGUUCUAGGACUAGGGACUGCAUUGAAGAUUCUUUUCUCUGUCGAGGAACAGCACCCCUUGUAUCAACCUUUACAGCUGCAGCGAAAUGAAGUGAUCGCUCUAGUGAACCUUCUCAAUAGACUGUCGGAGUCUGUAAAGUUUGUUCGCGAGAAGGGGUCGUCGGCUGAAAAAUUCAUAGCUGGUCAUAUCUCUUCAACAGUAGGAAAAAGCAAUUUUUGGGCAAAAACAAAUCAAUAGUUAUACAGUGUGUGUCAGAAUUUUCGAUAUUGUGGGACGAAAGAGGCGGCGUUUUAUUCCGUUUCUUUUCUUCUUCCUCUUUUUUUCGUCUCCCUUUUGUUGUGAAUUAAUACAGAAUAAAAACUUUCAAGUGCAAUUCUUCUACAAGGUUCCUCCAAUACAGAGGAAGAAGCUAGGGGGGGGGGUAGAAUUUGAAUUGUGGGAGUCACAAGGAGUAAAGAAGAUAUAUGAUGGAAUGUUUCUGUAAAAUACAAUUUGAUUGAGCCAUUGGUGUUGUUUUCGAAGCCAGUA